AUGACGAUAAUUACUGAUAUUUUUCUUAAUACAAGUAUAUGGACUGUAAUACUUAUUAUUUUUCCUAUCUUAUAUUACAUUUAUUAUCGUAAAUUUCGUAUAUUUAUAUAUGAUCAACCGGAAAAAGUUACGAAAGGCAAGGUAAUUCGAGGCAAAUGUCCACCUUCGUAUCCAAAUGGAUGGUUUUGGUUGAUAGAUUCAUGUCAUCUUGCUCGAGGUGAUGUUAAAUUUAUUCAACAUUGUGGACGUGAUGUUGUUCUUUUUCGUGGACAUGAUGGAAAACCUUACGUUCUCGAAGCCUAUUGUUCUCAUAUGGGAGCAAAUUUGGGAACUGGCGGUAAAGUUCGAGAUAUUAAUUGUAUUGAAUGUCCAUUUCAUGGAUGGACAUUCGAUGGUGAAACAGGUACAUGUGUUUUUUCAUAUGAUCAACGUAAAAUUCCUCGAAAAGUUGAUACAUUUCAAUAUAUUGAUGUUGAAAGAUGUACACCGCAUAUCUCUAAUGAUCAACAACCAUCUAUUUAUUUACAAAGAAUAGCCGAAAAUCAAGAAACAAAACUUAGAAAAUAUGAAUGCCGUGAAAUCAAUGGAUCUAUUUUUGCUUGGUAUCAUGCAAUUGAAGAACUAAGAAAUAAACCACUUUAUGAAUUAUUUGAUAUUAAAAAUGAAAUAAGUAGAAAUAAUAUGGAAGUUCGUGGUGAAUCUAUUAAUUAUGUCAAUUGUCAUAUUCAAGAAAUACCUGAAAAUGGUAGUGAUAUUCGUCAUUUUGAUUUUUUACAUGACUCUAUUCUUGAUUCAAUAUCAUUUAUUAAAUUUAAAUGGUCACUCUUAGCUGAAUGUGCAUCAACUCCAAAUAUACGUGAAAUAAUGACACAUUCAAAUUCAACAGCAAAUGCUUAUAAAAUGCAUCUAUUUGAUAGAUUUUUAAAGAAAGAUAAUCUUGAUCAUAUUAAUGUUAUGUCACUUGAUUGUUCAUUAAGUUUUUUUAAUAAAUAUGAAAUGUUUCUUUUUAAUACAACUGGUUUUCAAAUGGGUCCAUCCAUUGUUUAUCUUUUUAUUUGGUCACCUUAUUUUAAAUUAGCAUUCUUUCAUACAUUAACACCAUUAGAAAAAUUUCAUCAACGUGUUGUACAUCGUAUUAUAACUUCAAAAUGGAUGCCUUAUUGGUUAUCAGCUCUUUUACUUAUGGGAGAAGUUAAACAACUUUAUUCUGAUAUGAAAGUUUGGAAUCAUAAAAUUUUUAGUGAAAAACUUAAUUAUAAUAUACAAAAUUAUACAGAUAAAUGUCUGCAUACAUAUAGAAAUUGGUAUGCACAAUUUUAUGAUGGUUGUUAUGAACGUGAAGCAAAAUCACUUUUUUGGUAGAUAAUUUAUUUUUCUAAAUAAACUUUUGCAAAAUAAAAAAUAAUUAUUUACAUACCUAGUUUAUCUUAGGAAACACAGUUUUAAAUUAAUAAAUAAAUAUUGUAUAAAGCAUCUGGAAAUUUCGUGUAACUUUCCUCUUACUA